ACACAAGUAGGCUAUUUUCAACUGUGCCCGUAACAGAUUUGAAUCGUAUAAAUAAAUUAGAUGAUACUGUUUUCUUGAUUCGUAAAAUGAUGAGGAUGCGGCCACAUCCUUCUGUCUUUGAAUUCAACAAACUUUUGCAAGUUAUUGCCAAGAUGAAGCAAUAUCCGGUCGCCCUUAAACUGUUCGACGAAAUGCGUCAACGGGCUGCCCCUGUAGAUCAGUAUACAAUGAACAUCUUGAUUAAUUGUUGUUGCCUUUUGAAACGUGUAGACGUUGGUUUUGCUAUCUUCGGCUAUUUCUUUAAACACGGUUACGAGGCAAAUGUUACGACAUUCACCACCCUCUUAAAAGGUCUCUUUUUAGAUGGUAAUGUGGCCGAGGCAGAGAAAUUGUUCAAGAAGGUUUUGACUUUGAAUCUUUGUGAGCCAAACGAUGUUACGACUCUUACUGCGAUUGACGGGCUCUGCAAAGCUGGACGUGUUCAUACUGCCCGUGAUUUGCUUUUAUUAUUGGAAAGGACUAUCUAUAAACCCAAUGUUAAGGCGUAUAGUGCGGUAAUUGAUUGUUUAUGCAAGUGCCGAAUGGUGGAUAAUGCACUCGAGCUCAAGUCUAGAAUGAUUGAUAAGGGCAUUUCACCUGACGUUGUCACAUAUAACUCGAUGAUUCAGGGCUUGUGCGAUUGUGGUAGAUGGAAAGAGGUGAAGGAUUUAUUAAAUGAAAUGGUGAAUCACAAGAUUUCGGUAGAUGUUGUUACUUUUAGUAUAUUGGUGGACGCAUUUUGCAAGGAAGGAAGCAUUAAAGAGGCUGAAGAUAUUUUGGAAGUUAUGAAGCAACAAAACAUUUGUCCCGAUAUUGUCACCUACACUGCACUGAUAGAUGGGUACUGUUUGCAAGGGAAAAUGGAUAAAGCGAAAGAAGUAUUUGAUUCUAUAACGGGCAACGGCCUUAAGCCAUGUAUUAUGAGCUACGGCACUUUAAUCAACGGAUACUGCAAGAAGGGUAAAGUGGAUGAAGCUUGGCGUCUUUUUCUCGAAGUUUCUUCGAAAGGCUUAGAACACACGACAGUUACUUAUACCACCAUGAUACAUGGAUUAUUUAGUGAAGGCAGAUUUGCAGAUGGAUGGAAACUAUUCAACGAUAUGGAAGCUCGGCACGUACGUCCAAAUUUACAUACUUGCAAUAUUUUGUUGGAUAGUUUGUGCAAAACUCAUCAGAUUGCCGAAGCAUUUUCGUUUCUACGGGUGAUGGAAGACAAAGGAUUAAGUCCUAAUAUAGUCACAUACGGUAUCUUGAUUAAUGGUUUGUGCAAAGAUGGGAAACUUGAAGAGGCAAAAAAGCUUUUAAACGAACUUCCGUCCAAAAGUUUGCAACCAAAUUGUCAAGUUUAUACCGUUGUUAUCGAUUCACUUUGUCAAGAAGGAUUUGUCGACGAGGCAAAAGAUUUACUUAUAAAAAUGGAGAGAAGCGCACCGAAUAGCGUGACAUACAACGUCAUUAUCCAUUGCUUGUUGAGGAAGAAAGAACUUGACAAGGCAAUGCCGUUUUUAGAGGAAAUGAACAAAAGGGGAUUCUCGGCCAAUGCAGCUACUUCAUUAAUGUUAAUUAAUCACCUGCAAGGAUCAGAGAAAUAUGAUUUUCUUCUGGAUAUGAUUAAGAAACUAUCCCAAUACAUGCAUCGUCCAACCACCGACCAUUUGACUUCAGUUAAGCGCCUCUUACGCUAUCUUUCUGGUACUUCUGAUUAUGGCAUAUGUCUCUAUCGUGAUUCUCCACUGUCACUCCAUGCCUUUUCCGAUGCGGAUUGGGGGGGAAAUAAAGAUGAUUUCUCUUCUACCAGUGCUUAUAUUGUUUAUCUCGGUCGCAAUCCUAUUUCGUGGAGUUCCAAGAAGCUAAGUACAAUUGCUCGCUCUUCUACAGAAGUCGAAUAUCGGUCUGUUGCUGCUACAGCUUCUGAAUUAUCUUGUAUAAGUUCUCUCCUCACCGAUCUCCAUAUCCAACUACCUCAGUCACCCGUUAUCUACUGUGAUAAUGUUGGAGCUACACGAUUGUGUUCUAAUCCAGUAUUCCAUUCCCGUAUGAAGCAUGAUGCCAUUGACUUUAACUUCAUUAGAGUUCAAGUUCAAAAUGGAGAUCUACGAGUUGCUCAUGUAGUCUCCGAGCCUUCUUCUUCUUCUGUAGGUACCAGUUCAUUCUUCACUGAAAUUAUCUUCAUAAAAUUGCUGAAAACAAUGAGAGGAACUGAAAUGCUGAUUCGUAGAGCAUUAUUUGCUAAAUACUCUAUUUUUACUUAUCCCUUUUCUUUCUUCUGUUCAAAUUUUCAUAGUGUGGGUCACAAAGAUCGAUCCUUUUCACCUAAGCCCAGAAUAGAUUUGAGUUUCAUACAUGAAUUAGACGAUGCUUUUUUCUUGUUUCGUCAAAUGGUGACAAUGCAACCACAGCCAUCCGUUUUUGAAUUCAACAAACUGUUGCAAGUUGUUGUCAAGAUGAAACAAUACUCUGUUGCCCUUCAACUGUUCGACGAAAUGCGUCAAUGGGGUGCCCCUAUAGAUGAGUACACGAUGACCAUCUUAAUUAAUUGUUGCUGCCUUUUGAAACGUGUAGACGUUGGUUUUGCUAUCCUUGGCUGCUUCUUUAAACUCGGACAUAAGCCAAAUGUUACGACAUUCAACACUCUCCUAAAAGGAUUCUUUUUAGAUGGUAAUGUGGCCGAGGCAGAGAAAUUGUUCAAGAAUAUUUUGACUUUGAAUCUUUGUGAGCCAGACGAUGUUACGAUUCUUACUGCGAUUGAUGGGCUCUGCAAAGCUGGACGUGUUCAUACUGCCCGUGAUUUGCUUUUGUUGUUGGAAAAGACUACUAUCUAUAAACCCGAUGUUAAGGCUUAUAACGCGGUAAUUAAUGGCUUAUGCAAGACCGGAAUGGUGGAUAAUGCACUCGAGCUCAAGUCUAGAAUGAUUGAAAAGGGCAUUUCACCUGACCUUGUCACAUAUAACUCGAUGAUUCAGGGCUUGUGCGAUUUUGGUAGAUGGAAAGAGGUGAAGGAUUUAUUAAAUGAAAUGGUGAAUCACAAGAUUUCGGUAGAUGUUGUUACUUUUAGUAUAUUGGUGGACGCAUUUUGCAAGGAAGGAAGCAUUAAAGAGGCUGAAGAUAUUUUGGAAGUUAUGAAGCAACAAAACAUUUGUCCCGAUAUUGUCACCUACACUGCACUGAUAGAUGGAUAUUGUUUGCAAGGGAAAAUGGAUAGAGCGAAAGAAGUGUUUGAUUCCAUAACAGGCAACGGCCUUAAGCCAUGCAUUGUCACCUAUAACUCUUUAAUCAACGGGUAUUGCAAGAAGGGUAAAGUGGAUGAAGCUUGGCGUCUUUUUCUCGAAGCUUCUUCUAAAGGCUUAGAACACACGACAGUUACUUAUAACAUCAUGAUACAUGGAUUACUUGGUGAAGAAAGAAUUGCUGAUGGAUGGAAACUUUUCAAUGAUAUGGAAACUCGACAAGUACAUCCUGAUUUAUUUACUUGCAAUAUUUUGUUGGAAGGCUUGUGCAAGACUCAUCAAAUUGCCGAAGCAUUUUCGUUUCUACGGGUGAUGGAAAAUAAAAGUUUAAAUCCUAAUAUAUUCACAUACGGUAUCCUGAUUAAUGGUUUGUGCAAAGAUGGGAAACUUGACGAAGCAAAAAUGAUUUUAAACGAACUUCCUUCCAAAGGAUUGAAACCUAAUAUUAAAAUAUACACCGUUAUUCUCGGUUCACUUUGCCGAAAAGGGUGUGUAGACGAGGCAAAAGAUUUGAUUGUGAAAAUGGAGAGAAGUGGUUGUGCACCGGAUAGUGUGAUGUACAACAGCAUAAUCCAGGGUUUGCUAAAGAAGAAAGAGGUUUACAAGGCAAUCCCGUUCUUAGAGGACAUGCACAAAAGGGGAUUCUAUGCCGACGCGUCUACUUCAUCCUUGUUAAUUAAUCACAUGCAAGGAUCUAACAAAGACGAUAUUCUACUGGAGAUGAUGAAGAAAGUUGUACCGAAAAUCUAA